UCGUCAAUGCCACGGCGCAGAAAAUCCGGUCUCGAGUCCGACUUCCAAGUCCGCUGGCACUCGGUUGCCAACAUCGCCACGCCCAGCGUGGACAUCAUGUCGUCGCCUGAUCCGCUCAACGACACCAUCGAUACGAGCGUCGUCCCGCCUUCUACAACGCGCCGCGUCCCCCGCAGCAGUCAACGGUCCAGCCGGUUUUCCACCCUGGGCACCUCGCCCAGGAAGCAGAUGUUUGAGCUCGAGGUCGGCGACGAUCGAGCCCCCCAGAAGCUAUUGGUGACGGUCGAGACGGAGGAGCCAAGCGCGACGGCGGGUCCGGGAAGCGCGCGACGAAAACUGUUCCAGACUUCGAGUCCUUUGUUACCAAUGUCUAGGCGGAGAGAAAUGGCGACCACGACGACUGUGCCUUUGAAGAAGGCUAUUGAGGAGGAGAUGGCUGACCCAAACGCGACCCCGAGGAGGAGGGGACGGCCGAGGAAAAUAAAUGGAACACCUCUGCCCGGCGCAGGCACCAAGAGAAAGUCGGGAACCCCAAUCAAGAAAACACCAAGGAGACCGCGAUUAUCGAAGGGUACGGAGACGGGGAACGAGACGAGAGGGUCCAACGCAGGCCGCACGCCAGGAACAAAGAGGAGAGGCCGACCGCCCAAGAAUCGACCUGUUGAACCACCCAGCGAGUUGGGAACUGACGUGGAUGGAGGAGUUAUUGAUAUUGAAAGGAGACGGCAGGAACUUGGUCCUGAAGAGGUGGCGGAAGUGAUGAAUGAAGCUCCUGCGCUUCCCUCUCUUCGGGGUGACGACUCUCAAGUUGACAAUGAGAUGACUCUGAUCAUCACGCCUUCAGAAGCUGAAGGGUUGCAAGCAAACCAAACCCAGAACAAUACCACCCAGAACGAUACUACGGCUCUGCCGCAUUCGGAACCUGAUUCGGAUAUUUGGAUGGCAACUCUGGACGACGAACCAACCCCAAGACCCUCAAGUCGAAUAGCGCAAAGAGAACCUGCGCCCUCAAGCCCUGACCAUGACCAAGAGGCCGAUACUUCGGAUUUCGGAGACUACGGAUACCUUCCACCGGCUGGCAGCGAUGUCUCUUCCGCAGACGAACCUGAAAGUGAAAUUCGACCUAUGAAUAACGACACCAUUGCGGCUGGCGAAGACUUUAGCAUGAUUUUCAUGGACUCCCUUCCAUCUCUGCAGGCGAACUUGCGCAGUUCUGUCCAGGAAGUCACCGAGAACGAUAUCGGCGAAGAAACGAGCAUGAUCAUCAACAACACCCUUGAAUCUCUGCGCCAGUCCUUACAAGAUCGGGACAGGCCUAACACGGAGGCGGAACCUGCUGAAGCCCCCAAACCAGCUGAACCUGCCUCCUCUCCACCCCGAGAGGAGCUUAGGAAGUCCAGCAUUCGUCCUCCCCUGACUUUUUCGCCGAAUCGUAACAUGUCCCCAAGGUGGCUUCGAAGCCCUCGAAGGAUGGGAUCUACACCCUUACGGCGCCAAGUAUUGGAGUCGAACGCAAGAGAGAAUGCAGAUGCGGCACUGGAGGCACCUGAAAAGCAUGACUCUCCUAUUACUACUGGGGUGCAAAGAUCAUCAGCCCCCCCAGACCAUGAAGAGUCAAACUUAUAUGAUGAUUCAUUUUCCGAAAUUCCUGAUGCUGUACUUGAAGCUGCAACGCCACGACGACCUCGAAGAAAUGUUGUGGAUGAGACAUUGUUGGAAGAUGAAGAUGUGGAAAUGGAGGAUGAGCAGCCUCCCCAGCCAGCUGAAGAGGAGGAAGAACAAGAACACGCGGAGGAAGAGCAACAACAACAGCCAGAACAAGAGGAGGAACAGGAGCAAGAACAGGAGCAGGAAGCGCAGAGAGACCCCUCGGUAGCUUCCCAUGGAAGUGUCGUCUCUCGAUCGGACGCUGGACGUCUCCCUACCCCUGAUGAUACCCCACCGCAACUUGAUGCUCAAGAGGAUAAUGCUGAAAAAUUGAUACACAUGUCGGGAACCUCGGCCACAUCUAUAUCCCCUCGGGGCUCUUCUCCGGCUGCUCCAUCAUCUGGGCAAUCUUCGGCCAGUCAAGUCCAAAUUAUUCCGGAAAUCGUGGAGGAAGUUGUCGAUGAAGAUAUCGAGGAUGUCAUCGAGGAUGAACCUGUUGAAGAAAUGCAGGAGGAGAACGAGCCAGAUCAGGACGAGGAAUUACCUGAUAUCAACGAGCCGCGGCCAACAGGCUUAUUCGUACCCAACGACGUCCACCAGCCUGAGGUUACGCCACUCAACCAGAUGACAUCUCCUCUUCAGGACCCCCAGUCACUUCUGCCAGAAGCAGUAUCGGAGAGGGUGCGACGGCCUACACUCUCCCCUAUCGUGCGAGCAGGACGGGCGUUGCAAAGCGUGACAUCGGAUCCUCCCUCGCCAGAGACACGUGAGCAACACCUGCGGAGCCCCUUCAGGAGCUCUGUAAGCAGAGAGCUGGGACCCCGGGAGACGCAGUCGAUCCGACGUAUGAGCACCAGCCCCCGACGCAUCAGCGCUAGCCCUGGGAGAUCCGUUGCCUUCCCUGCAGUUACUCAAAUACCCCCGGCCAACGAGGCAUACGAAGAUCCCUUUGGUACGGAUACCCGACACACAGGUCAAGCUAGCUUUAUGGAGGCACUUGAGAGAAUUGGCGGUGAUCCUUCACCACGGCGGUCACAGAGAUCAUCUCGGGAGUCCACGGCAAGCUCUUUGCGUUUCCAGCCUCGCAGUGAGGAUGGAAUGAGCUGGGUAGAGAACGAGGGCCCUAUUAGCGCAAAUCUUCGUGGCGAUGUCCCACUUGAAGCCUUUGCUCGAUCGACAGUUGGGAAGUCAAAGAGCCCAUCUAUCGGUCAAGGGCAGCUAGAUGGCGCAAGCAACGAGGCAGAUGAGGAGCCUGAACAGGAUGGUGACGAUAUGGACAUUUGGGAGUUUGAAGCACAACGGUCGUCUCCUCGCGCGGCUCGCCAACACUCCAGGGAGAGGACGGCCGAGGCUCCCGCUACCAGGCGGAGCGCCCUACCUAGCCCCUGGACGAAACGCACAAGUCGCGAGGCACAGCAGGAGGAGGAGGAGGCAGAGGCGGUGGUAGAGGAGGAAGCAGACGUGGAAGCAUCAGACGCUGAUGCCACAGAGGACGCUGUGCCGGAGCCAGCUCAAGCAGAGGAGUACUCACUUCUCUCUCAGAGGGGCAACGCCCAACAGCAACAGAACAAACCCCCGGAGUCUGCUGUCAAGGCUAGUCGUUUCGACCUUUCGACCUUCUUCUCUUCACCAGCGACUAUCCCGGGGAUGCUAGCUGAGAAGUUUCUAUCAGCCAAGAAGCCUGCGCCCCGACCAGCUGAGCCCGAAAUGGUAGAAGCAGAGCCCACCCUACCAACAAGUUCCAUGUUCCCACAGUUGCCACAGCAGGAAUUACGGCCUCGAGCUGGGCCUCGGGCUGGUUUCUUCUCUCCUGUCCGCGCUCCGCAGCCAGUAUCAAGGCGGCAACAAGAGGAAGCAGAAUCCCAAGGGGCUUCCACGGAGCAGGAGGGGACUGAGGAGCAGUCAGAGCCUGAAGAACUAGAGGAGCAUGAGAUGCCCUCUGUGCCACAGAAGAGGAACUUUACGCCUCAACGAAGACAGCCGAGCCAGUCUUUCUUCAGGACGUCAACCCAACAACCGGCUGCAUCAGCUAAUAGCGCGCCCACUCCGCCAAGAAUGCAGCUCUCUCAUGCCGACAUCCAGAGGUGGCAGCAAGAGACCUCCAAUGCCAGCGAAGACUCCCCUGAGCCAUCUCGGCCCCUUCUUAGACCCCUCCCACCUAAGAACGCGUCCCCAACCAAGUCCAGUCUGCGCUCUCCCCUGAAACCACACACACCCGGUCGUGUGGUCGAGUUUACGAGCAGCGUUCUCUCCCCUGUUGAGCAGGCCAAAGCUCGACAGCAACGCCGACUAUCCAAUUCAUCUGCAGCAUCGCAGACUAGCAACACAGCUCAACGUCCGCGCCUAAGACCUCCACCCCGACAGAAUGCCAACAAGGAGAAUGCCGUUGCUUCUGACGUGUCCAUGUCUGACGCCUCACCCGUUGCAAAACAACAGCAGCCCCAACCACUGUCCAAGACCGUCUGGACACGGCAGCACUGGCUCUUCCUGGACGAGCUACUCCAGCUACGCCGCCAGGGGCCUUACCGCACCAACUACGAGCGCCGCUCAGACAAGUACCUAGGCAAGACGGUCAAGAGCCAGGGCGAAUCCAUGACGCUGGAGCGCUGGCAUCUCGACUGCGUUGACGCCUUCAAGGCCGAGGUCGGCGGCUGGGACGAAGCCUCCCUGGCAAAGAGACUGUUUGCCCUGAUUCUCGGCGAGGAGAGGAGGAGCCGAGGCGUCGUCGACAGACCAUCAUCACAAGUCAUGUUUCACUGA